GAAAACAACAAAAACUCUCCUUUUAUCUUACAAUAGACCAUAUUUAACAGUAAAAGUAAAUACUGCAACGAGAUGAAGGAGACAAAAUAGAAACACCACACUGUAAUUGUUCCCAAAUAAAAAUAAGGACAUUGUCGUUCCCAAAUAAAAAAUAAGGACAUUUUCCCAGGCGGUGGGAUCAGCCCAAGACAAGUAGAUAAAAGUUUGGAAACGGAUGCCAAACAUGCAGCUUCAAUCUCACGGAGGCUGCAAAAAUCGCAGUAAGCAUGGUCAGAAACGCUCUCGGUUUACGCUGCGCGUGGGACUGAGGCUUCACUCGACCCGGCGUUCCCAGGUGGGGUUUUGGUGCGUCCGUGGAAGGUGCCUGCCUGGACGCUCCCGGCACCUGAGGGUCGAUGACGCACCGCAAAGGGCGCCAAGUUCUUGAUCAACUCUCGCUCGCAUUUCCUGCUAAAACAAUCUCAGUUCCCCGGUAUCCCCCCACCCCAUUCCCGGGGGCCCCUUCCUGAUCUUCCUGUCUGUUUCUCCAGAGAGCGUCGAGCGGCUUCCCGAGCCAAAUGACCGGCGAGAAACAAAAGCCAGCAACAGGAUCUGCGGGUUUCCCAGCGGCCAGAAGGCGCUAACUUUACUUGGGCUGUUGAGGAAACGGAGUUGUAAUCGGUAGCCACGGCGCAGAUGGGAGCUUUCCGUGCCACCAGGCGAAGAGGAGUAAGGAAGCAGCGCAGCCACAAGGCUGCAGCUGCCACCGCCGACUCUGUGUGUGAGAGCGUGUGUAUGUGUGUGUGUGUGUGAGAGAGAGAGAGAGAGAGAGCGAGAGACUGAUUGUUGGCAGCCUAUUGGCUGAAGGUAGCUUUACGUCACAAGUGAGAGUUCCUAUAAACUCCCUAAACAUAACGGGCUCCGGACAAGUUCCAGCCGCCAAGGGUUACUUCGAGGAGCGCGGGAGGUGAUCAAAGCGAGCCGAGCCGAGGACAGGACAGGACGCGACAAACGCUGUUCAAGCUGCUGGCUGCAUGAGGCGCACCAUCGUGUCAACCCCCCGGUUCGCUUGCCAAGUCCGGCUCUUCUCCUCCAGCGUGCCAGGGAGCAGAGUGCCUGCAAAGGUUAAGUGGACGGGGACUUGGGAGCUGUCGAGCCGAAAGAAAGCCCAGCGCGGCAGCGCCUUGGCGAGGCGCCGGCGGAUUUGCUCGUAACCCCGGAUCGGCCGCGGCCGAGAAAAAAAAAGCGAGGCUAUUUCGAGGGCACAAUGGUAACACCGAGUCCCGUCGAUUCGGUACACCUCGCGCUGAGCGUCAACAGUAGUGGCAGGCAAAGCCCGGACAAUUCCAUCACGUCCGGAGAAGGCUGGGUGGUGGGCAUGUCCAUUCUCAUGUCGUUGAUCGUGCUGGCCAUCGUCUUUGGCAACGUGUUGGUGAUCACGGCCAUCGCCAAAUUCCAGCGGCUGCAGACGGUCACUAACUAUUUCAUCACUUCUUUGGCAUGUGCGGAUCUCCUGAUGGGCCUCGGGGUGGUCCCUUUCGGAGCCAGCUACAUCAUCCAGCGUAUCUGGAAGUUUGGGAGUUUUUGGUGUGAGUUCUGGAUCUCAAUUGAUAUCCUCUGUGUGACAGCCAGCAUUGAGACGCUGUGUGUCAUUGCUGUGGACAGGUACUUUGCCAUCACUUCUCCUUUCAAGUAUCAAAGCCUUUUGACCAAAAAUAAAGCCAGGAUGGCCAUCCUCUUGGUUUGGGUAAUAUCAAUCCUGACUUCCUUCUUGCCUAUCCAGAUGCGGUGGUACAGAGCCAAAGGGCAAGAUGCUGAGAGUUGCUACUUGAAUGAGAGCUGCUGUGACUUCUUCACCAACCAGGAGUAUGCUAUUACUUCCUCUGUCAUCUCCUUCUAUGUACCUUUGGUGGUGAUGGUUUUUGUCUAUGCCAGAGUCUUCCAGGUUGCUCAGAAGCAGCUAAAAAAAAUAGACAAAUGCGAAGGACGAUUCCAUCAGCAAAACUCCAAUCAGGAGCGAAAUGCGGGAAAAGGAAAUCAUAGGAAAGCAUCUAAAUUUUGCUUGAAAGAGCACAAAGCUCUUAAAACUCUGGGCAUUAUCAUGGGUACUUUCACUCUGUGUUGGCUCCCUUUUUUCAUUGUCCACAUUGUGAGUGCUAUUGAAGAGACCUUGAUUUCCAAAGAUGUAUAUAUCUUCUUGAACUGGGUGGGAUAUGUCAAUUCUGCUUUCAACCCUUUAAUUUACUGUCGAAGCCCGGACUUCAGAUAUGCUUUCCAGGAGAUCCUCUGCUUCCGGAGGUCUGCCUUGAAAAUGUAUGUCAACGGAUAUUCCAAUAGCAAUGGGAAAAGUGACUGCAAUGGGGAUCACAAUGACAUUCACGCAGAUGAACACAAGACUGGCCAAUGGCUCUGUGAAGAAGGAAGUCCCCCUAUUGGGGAAGAGUUUGUGCAUUGCAAAGAAAUUCCUGGAUGCCCUGGAAUGGUUGAAAGUUGAACGGAUAAAGUACCCCAUCACCCUUUGCAACUUGCAGAAGCUUGUGAAGAGAUGAAUUCAAGUUCAGCCAUAUUUCUAUCGGGAUGGGAGAACUACACAUUCCUUCAAAGAAAGGACAAAGGAAUGAGCAGACGGAGUAAGCCAAGACUCCAGAUUGUGAAACAUGAGGAAUCUGCAGUGAAUGAAUCUUUCUGGGACCCAAUUAGGAGAAACCAAAUUCAUCGUGUGAAACUACUGCUUGAGAUUGGAUUGGUGGAACCUUCAAGUGCAAUAAUGAAAAUGCUUUCAUGAAGCUGAAUCAUAUGAGUUUUCAGAAGCAGGGCAAGAGUUAAAACAAGCUUUUACAACCCCACAGGAAAACUCAAGGAACUGAAAGCUUGGGAAUAUGCUUUCCCAUAUUAUUCUUAGUCUACUAAUAAAAAGGACACAUAACAUCAGGCUUUUUAGCUAGUGGAUUGUUAGGAUUGGAACCAGAUCUUAGUGCAGUCCAUGAUAAUCACAAAAUUAGGAAAACAGAAAAUAGCCCUGGAACUCAUAAACAGGGAAGCACUAUUAAAAUGGGUUUACAAUGCAUUUUCAAACUAGUUUCUAUUCCUGCAAGUCUUUAGAGAGCCAAGUUGUACCACAUAGUUUCAAAAACAUUACUCAACUUUUAUUAACUUUUUAAUUAACUUUUACGCAGCAUUUAGAUAAUCAUUUUUUCCAUCCAUUUUCAGCAACAAAGACUUCUGCCCACUUUCCUUUAAAGAAUAACUGAAAAAGGACAUGGUUGGAAGACAGUUCUUCUCUCUUUUUAUAUGUAUAAAUGUUAUCUCCUUCUCAUGUCUUUCUCUCUACUUUUAAAAAACAAACAACCUUUAUAUACAUCUGUUACUGUUCCUUUCCUUUCUUUUCCUUUCCUCUCCUCCUUGCUUCUCCUCUCCUUUCAUCCCCUUCCCCCUUUCUCCCCUCCCCCUUCCUCAUGAGAAGGGACUGAAUUCUUCUUUUGGAUAUUGAGAGAUCUGGACCUUUCUGCUUGAUUUGUGCAAGCUCAUGAACCCUUCCAAAUUGCUGUCAAAAAGGGAAGAUACUGAAUAUGAAGUGGAGCAAAACAGUGGAUCACCAGAGAAAGCCUUGGGUGAGAAGUACAAAUUGGUUAAUGGAAAGACCUCAAGGCAGAAGAGAACCUUCAAAACUGUGGUUUUCUAACAAGCCUUCAUUACCUAUAGGUUAAUAAUUCUGAGACAUAAACUAUUUGAUUUCAAAUGUAAAGUGUUUCAGCCUUGAAAGUAAUACUCAGCUUUAAACCUGGAGAAGAUUCUUACUCCUGAUUAUUUGACCUUUGUCCUAUGAGAUGAGAGUGAGGAUCCCACUGUCAGUCCCUUCCCUGCCAGCCAACUCAACACUGUGCAGUUGAUCAAUGAAAUAAGUGGCAAGAGUCCCUCUUUUUCCCCAACUGCCCUUUUUACAACUGAGAGACACAUGCCACUCAUUGGUCAUGAGUGGCUUUUCCGUGAUUUUUUAAAAAAAUGCCUGAUACUCUUCUGUGAAUGAGUCAAGUUUACGGAAGUAGUUUCCCAUCUCUUCUACAUGGAUUUCAUGUUCAGUGUUGUGCAGAAUUCUUCACCUCUUCUGAUUUGAGAGAAGGAAUUCCUGUCCUAUAAACUCUGAGAAAGCUAUCCGUCUGCACAGAAGCUUUGGUUGACCAGUGAUUGUAUUGUAGUUUGCACUCGAGGAUAGUAUGCACAUGUGAACCUCUACGCAUGAUCUCUUUAGCGCCUUCAUCUUUCAGUAUCGUGUAAGAGGGAGAAGCAGAAAAAAAAUUGGACUCUGCCUGGCUUUCUUGUGUUUUUUUUUUCUUUUUUGCUGUGAAAUUGACAUACAAUGGGCUUCCAUCAGCACUGCUCUCCAGUUGUGAAAUGUAUUUAUUUAUUUAUUUGUGAUUGUAUUGUAAGAGCAACUUGCAGAGUUUUUCUGGCUUCUUAGGGCUCCUCGCUAAGAAGAGACAGUGAUGAAAUCCAUAGAAAGAUACUGGCUCAACCAAAAUAAAAAUGAACCUAUUGCAUGGUGAUGUCCAGAAUCUAUAGAGAUUCAUCCAGGUCUACCAGCUACUGUUUUCUUUAUACUAUACAGAUCUAGACACAUUCAGGGAAGAACUUAAUGAAAGAUACUGAUAACCAACAUCCUAUUGGUUCUUUUCCCCUUACUACUCCAUUAGUGAUGGCACUUGCUAUUAACCUUUGGGCCAAUUAAUCCACAAACUGGACUGUAUUCCUAUUUGUGGACUUUACAAUGCAUGUGAUUAUGCUGAUCAGGAGGGAACAUAAUAAUCUUUUCUCCCCAUGACAUUUUUCCAACUUUAAACAUGCAAUUUGGCAAGGGACAGGAAAGCAAAAAGAUUCCCCACUCCCUCCCAGUAAUUUUCUUGCAGAUCCCUAAGAAACCAGCAAAUGUAGUUUAGUUUGAGGGCACAGUGGAAGCCCAGAUCACCUUCUUAACUGAUGCCUGGCUUCAGAUGGAGAGAAAUGAAGGCUUUCCUCCACUCCCAAGAAUUUAGUUGCUUGAUUACGGAGGGUGAGAAGGAAAGAAAGAAGUCACAGGAAUCACCACUGAUGACUGGCCGCCAGCUAUGAUGACGUCCGUGUUAACAAACCAGUCGAGUGGUGAGGGGACUAGAUUAAUCCUAAGAAUCCAGGAUACAUUUUCAAAUAGAGUUUUUCAUAUGGGAUGGGAAAUGUGAGUGGGUAUUCCUGUCAUUCUGGGAACUGCAUGUGUCUGUGGAAAACCUACUCAAAUAAGAAGCAGCUUGUUGGGGUGUAGAGCAUUUCAUUCAAGGACAGGGUGCAAAAGAAAGGGUCAAGCUUUUUCCUGAUGCUGAAGCUUUGAUACAAGCUAGGCUUAUAAAUAGCUGUGGUUUUUUAAGAAAUCCACUAGAUUUUCCUAUUUAAUGGAACUCUUUGCAUCAUUCUUAAAUUAACUUAGGAUAUUUCUCUUGCAGAAAAAAGGUUGACUAAACACAAAAUCUCCUUAGAAAUAUUUGAAUGUUUGCUUGUGGUGUGAACUAAGAAACAACAACAGCAACAGAUUAAAUGAAGAGCAACUCUGACUAAAAAUAUUUAUUAUUAAAGAAUCUAGACAAUUGCAGAACAUGUAUUGUGGCUAUUACAGGCUAUAUUGAGAAACUAAACCAAAGAGAUUUUAUUUAAUCACCAGAUCUGCAAAAACAUAUCACACAUACCAAUAAACAUUUUGGAAAUUUAGACAACAGAUUAGCUAUUCCUAAUCUUUAGGAAGUAAGUCUUGAUUUCAACUUCUAGUUACUAAAAGUGGUUGAUGUGUUGGUUAGAUAGCAUUUCUGGGAAUCUAAGUUUAAAAUGAAUCCAUGUCCUUGAAAAUCAGGAUUGCUAAUUACAUUGUUGUUCCUGUCCUUUCAAACCAUCUGUUUUUAAGAUAUUCGUGUCUUGCUUGGGCUGAGGAAAGUUUUUAUUUUUAUCUAGAAAAUAUAAAUCCCCAGAUGUUUUAGACAAUAUUAUCAUAUUGUCAUCAGCAUAAGAACCUCUUAAAGGUCACAGGCAUCUCUUCUGAAUCCUGGAAGGCUUUGCAUUUGGGGCUCUUGAUGCAUAAUCUACAUCAAAGUGUAGGAUAAGAUAUUAUCUGUAGUUUUGGAACUGGUUUUGAGUGAAUAUUUAUUGCUUUAGAAGGAGAUUUGUUUAAUUGGGAUGGGGCUCCGUUCCAAUAUCAGUCACCUACAUUAAUCUCAAACAGUAAUGGAAGGGGGGAAAAAAACACAAAGUCUUUUCAUCUUUUCAAAAUCUCACAGAUCUCUAAUAAAAUUUACAGAACCAUUAAGUUAUAGUUCAGGCUUUACAAGUGAGGAGCCCGUUAUCUCUAAUGCUGGUGGUUAUACCUGCAGGUGUAAACGUGGUUUAACUUCUUUUCUUUUAAAACUAUAAAAGUAAUCGUUAUAAUGGUCCUUUUUAAAAUUAGUAGCAAUUGCUGAUGUUCUUCAGAGUCCAUUACAGCUCUGCUACUUCUCAUGAAUUCCAAUGUGUUUUGACAAUAACCAUUAGCUAUGCAUUAUCUCCUGUUAACAAUGUACAUGAAAAUGUAAUGUGUGAUUAUCACCUAAAAGGUAACUUUUUCUGAAGCACACACAAAAUAUAUAAAGGUGUCACAACAUACAUAAAAGAAUAUACCCAUGUAUAGGGUAGCUUAUCAUAAGCAAGCUAAAUAAUCCAAGAGCUGCUGCCAAAAACUAUGUGCUUUGAAACUUCUGUUAAAGGGUUCUUGAAUUUCAGUUUUGCACAAAUGCAAAUAGCCUACAAAAUACCUACACUUCUGCAAUGCAAACUCCCAGGCAUAUAAUUAUAUCCUCUGUCACACUUUUGGAAGAUGAAUACAUGAGAGCAUAGAGUUCACCCAGGGUGGAAUAUGGAAAUCAAGCUUCCGGAAGUUUCAUGGGAUGUUGUCACGCCAUCCUUGGCAAGAAUAUAAGUUGUGCAUAGGAGGGAAUCACCUGUUAAAGAAUAGCAAAGAGUCAGGCAAGUGAUUCACAAUGACCAGGAUCAGCAAUAGUUAAUUCAGUAGUAUAAAAAAGUAUGAGAAAUGAAAGGAAUGGGGUUAGAGCCACAUUGCAGAAACCGUAAACCUCAACUAAAUGUUUUGCUGUCAGACUGGAUGUAAUGCAUGUAAAAAAUAUAAAGAAUUGACAUCAUCAGCCCUAAUUGCCAUUCCACCCAGCUGUUCCUAGCUAGUCUUUUAGCACUUUCUUACAAUGCUCUCAUAGCCUUUUACCAAAAUGGUGAACCUUUGGCAGCUUUGUUCAGUCAAAUCAAGAAUAUCAGCAAACACAUGAGAGAUUGUUUUUUUCAAAUUCAGCCAACUGGCAUGCAGUAGAUGUUGAUCAGUACAGUGGCUGCCGUCAUGCCUCACCUCUUAAGUGAGGGAGGAAACAAAAGAACAGGCAGAAGAGCAAGGGUAGCAUCCUCCAAAUGUCACUGUCAUGUUAUCUUCAGCAGGGAGACAGGGAUCAAAGUUACACAGGGACCUGGGGCACAAGCUCUAGUUCAAAACAUGAAGAUGGUAAUCACUGCCAAACUUGGAGCCUGAAUGCUGAACUCCACUUUUUCCAACUAAGAUAAAUGCCUGUAUUGGUAGAUGUCAUAGGCUUCUAAGUAAAAAAAAAAAGGUUUGGUAGCUUCUGUUAUACUUUGGUUUGAUUUCCAAAACAGAAACGAUCUAAAGUCCCCUAAUGCAUUUCUGUCUCUUUAAAUAAUUUCCUAUGAAUCCCCAAAGUCAAAAGUCCAAAAAUUCUCCAUAGGGCCGGGAAAUAAUUGUGGGUUUUUAAGUUGCUUUAAGCACAUGACUACAAUAAAACUGCCAGCUUCAUCCUUUCGUGAUUAGAUGUGCAAAUGUAAAAUAUUGCUGUUUAAAUGGUCUUGAUGAGAGCGCAUAAAAUUAAUUUAUGUACUGUGGCUUUUCAUCAGCUGACAAAGCCAACACUGCUUGCAGACAUGCCAUCCCUGUGUGGCUUUUUUUUAUUAGUAUACUUAAUCUUUUCAAAAGAAAAACAGCUGGUCUUUGCAUGCAGGAAAUGUGCUCAUCACUCAUUGCAGUCUCUUCUUGCCUGCUUGUACGUUUUAACUGAUUCUGUGCCUUUGCCUCUGCAAUUGUUCACACAAGGUUGGGGGGGGGAGGAGGAUAAACAGCUCAAACAAUCCCCUCCCGAUUUCUAAAUCUGUGUGUCUCCUGAGCCUUAAGAAAUCAGAAAAGAAGCUCUCUCAGACCUAUACUCUGAAAGUUGUGAACCAGGGUAACUUGAACUAGACAUCUAGUUAUUUUAUACCACAAGCAAAGGAAACUAGAGAGUAUUUCAGAGGAGAGGUUUUUUUUUUUUUUUCCUUUCAUCGCUUCUUGAAGUUCAGAAGUAGAAGAUACUUCCAGUAAGAUUUGUGGUAAAACUUCACUUUGGUGGCAUUUCCAGAGAACAAUGCAUUUUCUGUGAGUAUAAUAAAAGUCGCUUUCCAUGGGAUAGGCAGCCAUGUAAAUUUGCUUAAUCAAUCAAUCAAUCAAUCACACACAGUUAAUUAGUGAAAGCCCUCAAAUCAAAUGUGAUGUUCCAACCAGACUUGCUAUCUCAGCACUUUCAGAUUAAUACCACUGCUCUAAAAAGACAGAGAAAGAGAGCAACUAUUAUGUGAGUAUCAGACACUAUGAUGCAUAAUAAAAAUCUUUCAUUAAAAGAAUGUAGUCACGUGUACAAAUGAAGUCUGAACAAAAACCAUUGAGUGAAAGUAUUCUAGACUGAUGGGAAAAUUCAGUCUGGAGAAAGAAAGGCUUUUCAAAGAUUUGAAAGGCAGAUCACUCAGAUAUCUCUGUCCAGUAAUCGAAAACAAAUAAAAAAAAGCAGUUUUUCAUUGGUGGCCAUGGGGACUCAUUGCUUUAAAUGAAACAAAUGACACAUUUACUCCAUCUUGUGGCAAGCUCCGCCUCAUUCGGAUGUGCAUAGAAUAUUGUGAUGCACAUAAAAAGGGACCAGGACAUGCACCGUGUUAGUCCCACUAGGCAGAAAGGACAAGAAAUCAAUUCCAUGGCAAGACUAGAACUUCACUUUUUGAGAUGGGUUAUCAUAGCAGAGUCCUGUGAGUUUGCUAGUGUGGUAUCUCUCUUUCUUCUCAUAACCCACUGAAUAAAGGAGACGUUUUCCUGAGCUGCUUUUACAUACUACCUUGCUCCUAGGACUUCAAUAAUGUUUCACUCCUCUUUUCUUAGGAAAUGAUUCUUGCAUCUUUCUGUUAAGGUCAUCUGCCUUACUCUCGGUGCACUGUGAGGCUGCAAUGCCACCUUGUUUCUGUUGCCAGUCUGACCAUCAUCAUCCUCUUACCCUGUGCUGAAAAUGCUGCUUAGUUGAUUAUGUUGAACUUAAGGGAUCCUGUUGGGCUUUAGUUGCCAUUCUAUCUUAAUAUCCGGUAAAAUGCUAAGAAAAACUUCCUGUUGGGAAACACCUGGCUUGGCAGGGGAGGAGGGAUCAAACACAGAGUUAGCCUGGAGUCACUAUGCAACCCCAAAAGAACUGUUCCCCAGGUUCCUUGGAAACUUAUCUAAUUGCUGCCAAGAGUAGUCUGCCAGACUGGGGAGAUUCCUAUAUUCUAUGCAGAACAUAACAAAGUAGUUAAUUUGAACAUUCCAUGUGUGGAUCUGGUUGUUCACCUCUGACACCUCCUAAUGAUAAAAGCACUUCUGCAGUGAAACCAAGAGGUCAUAGAGUUUCCUUUUUAUUCAAACAGAAGCUGUACAGUCAUCCAUCGGGGAUGUUUUAAAUCAGUUUUACGCUUGGUUCAGUUUUGAUGGAUCUAGGGGCAUGAUCAUAUCACUGACCUGAAACUUUUUAAAGCAACCAUGUCUUUGCUCAGCAUCAGUGACAGUGACAAAAAGAAGCACAUAAUUCCUGGAAAAGGGAUUAGUUUGAUCAGGCAGUAACACCAGGCAGUAUCAGAGGUAGGAGAUAGGACAGGCCACUCUCAGGGAAGAUGUGUUCAAUAUCUUGUACUGUUUCCUCCUUCUAGUCCCCUGAGCUUAACCUCAGUGCCUCAUGGUUGAAUCUCAGCAAGUAGGAAAUGUUUAUUGACAUCUGGGAGGUUCUUGUGGACCUUCAAAGUUUCUGCUCCACAAAUAAGUAAAUGUGAGAUUCUGUUGGUGAAGUUGGGCUCUAGACAACAAAUGAGACUGCUGCUACUGUACUAGCCUCUUUGCUGCAC